UCCCGGGAGGCCGCAGGCAGGGUGGAAUGGCCCAGUGAUCACAUCGUUUCCUUUGAUCCCAGCAGAGCCUCUGCGUACUCCCAGUAUUCCUGACGCCCCUCUCACCAACCGCACCCAUGCUUCUGGCGCGGAUGAACCCGCAGGUGCAGCCGGAGAAUGGCGGGGCGGGCCCGGGGUCGGAGCAGCCCCCGCGGAAGCGCAAAGAAGUCUUGGUGGUGAAAGAGCGCAACGGCGUCCAGUGCCUCCUGGCGUCCCGCGACGGCGAUGAGCAGCCCCGAGAGACCUGGGGCAAGAAGAUCGACUUCCUGCUGUCGGUGGUCGGCUUCGCCGUAGACCUGGCCAACGUGUGGCGCUUCCCCUAUCUCUGCUACAAGAACGGAGGCGGUGCCUUCCUGAUCCCGUACACCCUGUUCCUCAUCAUCGCUGGGAUGCCCCUCUUCUACAUGGAGCUGGCUCUGGGCCAGUACAACCGGGAAGGGGCAGCCACCGUGUGGAAAAUCUGCCCAUUCUUCAAAGGAGUUGGCUACGCUGUGAUCCUCAUCGCCCUCUACGUUGGCUUCUACUACAACGUCAUUAUCGCCUGGUCCCUCUACUACCUCUUCUCUUCCUUCACCCCGAACCUGCCCUGGACUGACUGCGGCCACGCCUGGAACAGCCCCAACUGCACAGACCCCAAGCUCCUCAACAGCUCAGUGCUGGGCAACCACACCAAGUACUCCAAGUACAAGUUCACACCUGCAGCAGAGUUUUACGAGCGUGGUGUCCUGCAUCUGCAUGAGAGCAGUGGGAUUCAUGACAUUGGCCUGCCCCAGUGGCAGCUUUUGCUCUGUCUGAUCAUCGUUGUCAUCGUCCUGUUUUUUAGCCUCUGGAAAGGAGUGAAGACAUCAGGAAAGGUCGUGUGGAUCACGGCCACGCUGCCUUACCUCGUGCUGUUCGUGCUCCUGGUCCAUGGCAUCACGCUGCCCGGCGCCUCCAAUGGCAUCAACGCCUAUCUGCACAUCGACUUCUACCGCCUAAAAGAGGCCACGGUGUGGAUUGAUGCUGCAACUCAGAUAUUCUUUUCCUUGGGGGCUGGAUUUGGAGUCUUGAUUGCAUUUGCUAGUUACAACAAAUUUGACAAUAACUGCUACAGGGAUGCCCUGCUGACCAGCACCAUCAACUGUGUCACCAGCUUCAUCUCUGGGUUCGCCAUCUUCUCCAUCCUUGGUUACAUGGCCCAUGAACACAAGGUCAACAUUGAGGAUGUUGCCACUGAAGGAGCUGGCCUAGUCUUCAUCCUGUACCCAGAAGCCAUUUCUACCCUCUCGGGAUCCACAUUCUGGGCCAUUGUGUUCUUCAUCAUGCUCCUGGCUCUGGGAAUUGACAGCUCGAUGGGAGGCAUGGAGGCGGUCAUCACCGGCCUGGCUGAUGACUUCCAGGUUCUGAAGCGACACCGGAAACUCUUCACGUUUGCUGUCUCCUUUGGAACCUUCCUUCUGGCUCUGUUUUGUAUAACCAAGGGUGGAAUAUAUGUGCUGACCCUGCUGGACACGUUUGCGGCGGGGACCUCCAUUCUUUUUGCUGUGCUCAUGGAAGCCAUCGGCGUCUCCUGGUUUUAUGGUGUGGACAGGUUCAGCAACGACAUCCAGCAGAUGAUGGGGUUCAAGCCCGGCCUGUACUGGAGACUCUGCUGGAAGUUUGUCAGCCCUGCCUUCCUCCUGUUUGUGGUGAUUGUGAGUAUCAUCAAUUUCAAGCCACUCACUUACGAUGACUACAUCUUCCCACUCUGGGCCAAUUGGGUCGGAUGGGGCAUUGCGGGCUCCUCCAUGGUUCUGGUGCCCGCCUACAUCGUCUACAAAUUCUUCAGCACCCGGGGCUCCAUUCGAGAGAGACUGGCCUAUGGCAUAACUCCAGAGAGCGAGCAUCACCUGGUGGCCCAGAGGGACAUCAGGCAGUUCCAAUUGCAACACUGGCUGGCCAUCUGAACCUGGCCCCGAGGAGGAACCUGCAGCGCCAGCGUUCAGGCCAAAGGCCACCCUGGACACUGUCUUGGGAUUCCUCUCCGACCCCUCUUCUUCCUCUUUUCCAAGUUACCACUGAUUUAGUGACCUGGUUUUCUUUCACCUUAUGUUCACCUGGCCCGAGGGCUGUGGGCUUUUGGAUUGCUAAACCUCGUGGGAGAAGAGGAGAGGCGGGAACAGGAAAAAUGACUUCUGUUGAACCUCUGUUAGUUUCGAGGAAGUCUCCCCCAGUUGUGGGAGCCAGCUGGGGCUGAGGUCUGUGUUUUGGGCAGAACUCCCUACUGUGCUGGCUGGCACUUUGGGCCACAGAAGAAAUCUUCAGUCCACCAAAUCAGACAGGAUGUUGCUUUUUGGGUCAGACACUGUAAAACCAAAACAUGCACAAGCAGCCAGGCUGAGUGUGGGGGGCAAGGGAGUGGUACAUAGAUCUUACCUCUCUUUUUUGCCCUGGUCAGUGCUGGACCUUGAUCAGGGAGCUUUGGGGAUAUUUGUCGCUGUUAUGAAGUCCGUGGAUAGAAGCUCUGGGGAGAUCAUGAGCACUAAUCUUCAUGGUUUUCACUCCAGUUGACCUGGGUUUGAUUUAUGUGUGUUCUGGGACAUUCUUCUGGCUUCUGGUACUCAGAGGGCCCAGAGCUGUGGGUGUCAUAGUAAGUGGCUUCUGCAUAGGAACCAGAUGAGUCUAUAGAGGCCACAUGCGGGUCUUGCCCUGUUAGGGACAUGAGGCCCAGGAGCUACCUGUGGCUCCCAGGACCUUCCUCGGGGACUCGGGAUAGGAAGCCAGCAAGGCCAGCUGUGUGUCUCCACUACAGGAUCCUCUGCUGUCCUUGCAGAGCCAGGUCAGUGUCCAAAGGCCAUCUGACAGACAGCUGUCUCUGUGGUGUUCACAGAUACCUUCAAAGCCGUUCUGUGGGAAUCCCACCCAGUGUGGACCGGGGGUUCUUGAGUGAGGGGGAGUGGGCCCUGAAAACUCCCUUUGUCUCUCUUCUUGAGGGCAGUAUGGAACCCAGGACACAGCUCCCCGGUCACUCAGGUUGAGGUCACUCAUCAUAUUCUGAGCUGAGGGAGCAGAUUGGCUGUUGCGAAGAAUUUCUAGGUUGAUUUCUGAUACACACUCAUGAGUGCUGCCCUCUGGUGGUGCUUGCUGGUUAGUGUUGGCUCAUUCAGAGAGGUGAUUUAUAGCUUGGUUAGUCGGUGGCAUGUAUUUGGAAUUUCUGUUUGUGGUUAUCAGUUUCUUAUACUCUCGGAAAUCUAGAUUUGUGGGUUCUUGUUCUGACUGUGAGAGGCCCUGUUGCAGAAUCUUGGGGGGAAAAAGGAGGCCACAUCAUUUUCACUGGGAGUGCAGGGUGACGCACACCCCAAAGGUGCUUUAGGGAAAGUGGGGCGGGGCAGGGGGAGGGGGCAGGCAGUCACUGAGCCUGAUCUACUGAUUGCGGAGUCAGUGGAAGAUGGUUACCUGGGAGCUGGCUGGGGGCAGGGGAAUGGUUUUUCUUUCAGAGUCAGAGCUCUGUUGAGUCGGGCUCCUUAUGUCAUUCUUUAAAGUGGGAAACUCAGGAGACUUUAGAUCUUUUCAUAUAAAAAAGUCCAGUUAAAAUUCUGAGACAACCCAAGUAGCAGGUGUCUUAGACCCUGAAAAAGGUGCAGCCUGGAAGCACCCAACACAGUGGAAUAAACAGGUGUGAGAACGAGAGCAGGGUGACCGGUGCCUGGUGGUUAUCUGGUCCCACCUGUGGCUCUGAAGCCACCCCUGAAGGGUAAUUCCUUCCCAGGUAUGACCUUUUUUUUUUUUUUUUUUUUUUUUUUACAAAGCACUUUCAUUCACGUUGCCUCCCAUCCACCCAGCAGAUUCUGUAGAGCUGGCUUCUCUGUCCCCAUUUCCCAGGUGAGAAAACCAAGGUCCAACAUUUCUGUCAUUCUUGCUCAAGGUUCCUCAGCUACUAAGGGAUCCAGUCGGACCCUCAGCUCUCAGCUCUGACUCUCAGCUGAGAGCACUUUGAAAUUCCCAGCACAAUAUAGUUCACCAUACCCAGGGCUGUCAUGAAAUGUAAACAACAAUCCAUCCAGUCAAGUGGCCAAGGAGUAUUUAUUUCUUAGCAAAAGAGCAAUGUGUUGGAAGAAGGGAAGAGGGGAGGAGGAGAUGUCAUUUAUUCUCCUGUAGCUGUUUGCCAGGGAAGAAAGUAUUUCACUGCUCUCCUUCGAUGAAAAGAGCCACUCUACGGCCAUGGUCCCCAACCUUUUUGGCAGCAGGGACCGCUUUCAUGGAAGACAGUUUUUCGGGGAUGGUUUCAGGAUGAUUCAGGCGCAUUACACUUAUUGUGCACUUUAUUUCUAAUAUUAUUACUUCAGCUCCACCUCAGGUCAUCAGGCAUGAGAUCCUGGAGGUUGGGGACCCCUGCUCUAGGGAACGGUGGCAUGUGAAGAGCUGAGUCUGCUGGGCAGAUACGAGUCAGAAAAGCCUGUGUUCCAGGGGCCCCCUUCAGACAAAUCCUGUUGUUUGCUCUUUGCUGUCUGUAUGUGGCCCUUCUGCUUCCAGACACAUGUCUGAGGGCGAUUUGGAAAUGUGGUGCUAGCUGACCCAACACCAAACAACCCAGUAGUGCUGCCUUCUGGGGAAAAUUGACUCCCGAGCCUGGGGAGCAGCUCUGGGGGUGGGGGAACCUGGGACACCCGUGGGCGUUCUUAUGGAGGUGUUGGCAGACCUUCUGGGUUCACCUUUCACCCACAUUUAACGAAAAGAGAGCAUGGGCUUUAUCAUAAAUGAGGUUUGACUGCUUCUUUGAGGACAUUUUAUUAUUAUUAUUAUUAUUGUAGAGUUUACCCAGGAUAAGGGUGCUCUUGUGUACUGUAUAGGGCACUUUUGCUAUUUUACUAGAUUUUUAAAGAAUUUUUAUUUUCCACGAAGUGUUGAAAUAUCUGUUUAAGACCAUCCUGUUAACAUCUCUUCAAUGUUUAAUUAUUUAGUGUCGACCUGUGAGUUGGUCUUCAUUCCAGAUGCAAAUGAGACAGAGGAGAAGGGGACCUGCCAACUCUUGCCAAAUAUCCUGCUAAAUAAAGGUCCUCAAAGCUGCCUUAAUUCUCAGAGGGGUUCCAGCCCAGGUGGGAGCCUGUCUCUUGCCAAAGGAUCCUGGUAAUGUGAGUGAGACUGCACAUUCUUACCAAAGAUGGCAUUUCUUAGUAAGAAGUUCACUGAGCUUGUUUCGUUUAUAUCCUUUGAAAGCCGUGGAUGGGAGAACAGAGUGGGAGUAUGGCGUGAGGGAAACAGCACAGCAUUUAGAGUUGCGCCAGGCUGUGUCUGCGACUGUCUUACUGGGUAACCUGGGGGACGGGCUCCACUUCUGUGGGCUGCAGAGUUCUCUGUCUGUAAAAGCAAGGGUUGAAUCAGAGAACUGAAGGUCUCACCCAGUAAAAAAAAAAAGAAAAAAUCCUGUCUCC